AUGCCAAGAAAGAGGGUCAAUCCCGCAUUUGACAAGGCAAAGGAAAAGUUUGCCAGUGGAGCAGCAGCUGGAUCUGGCUUCAAAAUGGACAUGAAUCCGCCGAAGGAAUCAGUGCGGCGUUCAGCUAGUCCUAGUGUUAACCUUAUGAAAGAGAAAUUAGAAAGUGAAGAGACUACAAAAGUGGUAAGGGAUUAUCUUUCAAGAUGUCUUUGA